AUCCGGUAUCCGCAAGAUAUUAGGUUAAAACCAAGGACUUUUCUAGGGUUUCUGAUUUUUUUCUCUAUAAGUUUCUCUCUACUUCUUCCUUCCUCUCCUCCUAAAGGCCGAACUAUACUAACCUUCAUUGCAGGCAGCCAUGGCAGCAGAGAAGAAACUUACGAACCCAAUGAGGGACAUCAAAGUCCAAAAGCUUGUCCUUAACAUUUCUGUUGGUGAAUCUGGAGAUCGUCUCACCAGAGCCGCUAAGGUUUUGGAACAAUUGAGUGGUCAAGCCCCAGUCUUCUCCAAGGCUAGGUACACUGUUAGAUCAUUUGGAAUCAGGCGUAAUGAAAAGAUUGCUUGUUAUGUUACCGUGAGAGGUGAGAAAGCUAUGCAGCUUCUUGAAAGUGGAUUGAAGGUUAAGGAAUACGAGCUCUUGAGGAGAAACUUCAGUGAUACUGGAUGUUUUGGAUUCGGUAUUCAGGAGCAUAUUGAUCUUGGAAUUAAGUAUGAUCCUUCAACCGGUAUUUAUGGAAUGGACUUCUACGUUGUUUUAGAACGCCCAGGAUACCGUGUUGGACGUCGUCGUAGGUGCAAGUCUAGAGUUGGUAUUCAACACAGGGUUACCAAGGAUGAUGCCAUGAAGUGGUUCCAGGUCAAAUACGAGGGAGUCAUUCUCAACAAGUCUCAGAAUAUCACUGGUUAAUUGGAGUCAUUCACAACAAGUCACAGAAUAUUACUGGUUAAUUGGAAGGGCUAGGUUUUGUUUUCUUGCUAUGUGAAAAACCAUCUCGCUUGUUAGCUUUUCAUGUAGGCAGCCAAACUCUGUUUUUUCAUUUUUAUGGUCUAGAGAAUUUUGAGUUAAUAGUAGUUGUCACAAUAUAUUUUUUUGAUAUUUCGUUAUGAAAUUGGAUUGUGUUUGUUAUAUGUUUC